AUGAGUUUAUACCCCAGCCGAGUGCCACAGCCUGGUGUGAGUCCUACCACCCUUAAUCUAUCCAGUUCAUCCAUGAUUUACGUGUACGGGGGUGAAGUUGGAGGCAUUAUCCCUGCUUUGGGGUUUGCACCGCCGCGACAGGAACCUCCACAGAAACCACCUUAUAGUUAUAUCGCGCUUAUCGCCAUGGCAAUUAAGAACUCACCUGAGAGGCGCGCGACGCUGAGCGGGAUCUAUCAGUUCAUCAUGGACCGCUUCCCUUUCUACCAUGAUAAUAAGCAGGGCUGGCAAAAUUCAAUCCGCCACAAUCUGUCGCUGAACGACUGCUUCAUCAAAGUACCAAGAGAGAAGGGACGACCCGGGAAAGGCAGCUACUGGACGCUGGACGCCAAAUGCUUGGACAUGUUCGAGAACGGAAACUACAGGCGAAGAAAGAGAAAGUCUAAAACCCAGGAAACCGGGGAGACCAAACCAAGCCACAAAAGAAACAAGGGGUCAGUAUCUCUCAGUCACUGCGUCUCCAGUUUCCACUCUGAUACCAGCACGGAGAAAGAGGGAAUAUCACCUAGCGAGAAGGCGCUCAAAGACAUGGGGAAUCAGCAAAAACGACACAAGGAGCAAGGACGACAGGAUAAAGAAAUGAAAGCGGCUGUGGGUCAUUAUAACGGAGGAGUCCGAGGUCAGCACGGAUCUACAGGUCAGUGUCCACUUUUGGCAAUACCAAACCAGUAUUCUCUGUCAACCGAGCCAAUUUCAGACUGGUGUAACGCAUACCCAAGUGGCGCGCAUCUCAGACCCCGCUGUCCAUCGGUGGAGGAGUCAAGCACCUCAUGGAUAAACUCUAUAAAUCGCAAAGGACAGUAUCAUGAGAGCGAAUCGGAGAGUAGAAGGCUGGCGGUCGCGAGCGACAAGGCCAAUAAUAUUCUUGAUUCUGUUGGGAACGCACAUAUUCGGGAGGUCAAACUAAAAGGGGCAACUCCACAAACUGACCCUAGCAAAACGUCGGACAAAUCGCGAGAAUUUAGCAUCGACAACAUUCUGUCGAAAAAAGGAACUCAGUGCCCAAGAAAAUGCAGCUUCGUCGGAACACCUGCAGCUUCUGCCUGUGUGGAUACACGAAGCCACGCGCUCACAUCAUCACUGAUACUUGGCGCACACGCGUCACACUUGUAUCCACUGGGAUUUCCACUUUGCUCCUACCUGUCUCUCACGUGCCCCGAGAAGAUGCCAAGCUUCAAUGACAAGAAAUGA